CUCCUACCUCCACUGAAAACCAGAGAGGUGUGUGCGCUCCUCUUUGCACUGAGGGAGAACCAGAAAAAAGUGAAGAGAGAAAACUUGUUCUUUGCCUUUUUUCUUCAUCCACUCUCUCUCUCUUUCUCUCUCUCUCUCUCUCUCUCUCUCUCUCUCUCUCUCUCUCUCUCUCAGUAGAUAGCUCUAUAUAUAUAUUAUUUACAUAUAUCCCCUAAACCCCAAGAACCCCCUUCUCAAUCAAUCCCCGUUUUCUCGAAAAACCCCUGUUAAAAUUCAUCGAAGAUCCAGCCAAAACAGUGUCUGUGUGUGUAUUGAAAGAUUUAGUUUUUUUUUGUGUCUGAGAGAGAGGGAGAGAGAUUUAGGAGAACCCCAUAAUUUUUUAAAAAUCUUUUUCUCUCUCUGGGUGUGGAAAUGGCUGAAGUGAAAGGAAACAAGAAGAGGCUGUCAAUAAAUCUUUCUCUUUUUACCCUCACUGAUCACAACAGCAGCAACAAAUCUCCUAAGAAAUUUGAGGACCCAAAUGGUGCUGUUGUUGGGCUUGGAAUUGUGGCAGCCAUGACUAAUAACAGCAAUAAUAGUAGAGCUGCAAUUCUUGCAAUAUCUCCAAGAUCAACUACUUCAAACCCAAUCCCAAUUUUCACUGCUAAUAAUAAUAAUAAUAAUAAUAAUAAUAAUAAUAAUAAUAAUAAUAAUAAUAAUAAUAAUAAUAAUAAUAAUAAUAAUAAUGCUAAGAAGAAGAAGAUGAGUAAGAGGCCUAGUAUUGAAGAAAUGGAGAUGUGUGAGGAGUACACUUGUGUGAUUUCUCAUGUGGGUACCAAUUUGAUUAAGAAAAGAGAGUAUUUUGAUGGUGAAUUCAUAGGAAACACCAACUCCCAAAAAUCUGCUACUGCUACCGUCAAUCAUGGUGAUACAAUGAAAUUUAGGACAGCUGAUUUCUUGAAUUCUUGCUUUCUUUGCAAGAAGCAGCUUCAGGGUUUGGAUAUUUUCAUGUACAGGAAGAAUCUUUCUCAUAUGUUUUGGAUUAGGACAUGUUUGCUUGAAUUACACACUCAAAGGGGAGAAGGCAUUUUGUAGUGCAGAGUGCCGUUGCACACAAAUAUCGAUCGAUGAACACAAAGAGAGAUGUGGUUCUGGAGCCAUGAAAUCGCUUAGCGACUACUCUGUCUCUCCUUGCUCUGGUGCAAUGCAGUUUUUCACUGGCGUGGCCGUGGCAUAACAACUCAAAAUUGUAUGGUACCUUCAAUUUUACAUAAAUAAAUAAAUAAAUAAAUAAAAAGGUGGCUUAAGAAAGCUGCAACUGGAAGAGUAGGAAAAAACAUUAUGGGAAAAGCAGGUAAUGAAGUUUGUUAGAGUGAAGAGGGUAAUCUGCCAAAAGGCACGGAGACAGCAAUUCCAAAUGUUACAUUUUAAAUACUACUCCAUAUGGUUUAUGAAGUUGGAAACCAAUAACCUACUUUUUAGUUUCAAUUCUCAAUUCGUCUAAUUAACUUUGUAAUCAGAUUAAGAUGAGUGACAAUAAUCGGUAAUUGUUGUAGCUAUCCUAUUUAGUAACUCAAAGAUCCAGUAAA